AUGGACACUGGUCCAAUUUCAGGGACUUCUUCAUCUUCUGGCCUUUCGACUCCUCAGGCUACAUCUAAGGCCGCACCGACUAUGUCGAUGAGUCGGAAACCCGCUUUACCGAAACGCACUCUCGAUGCACCCGACGUUUUCGAUAUGUUUGACGCUCUACACGAUGAAACGACCCUCCAAUAUAACCGCAGUAAACUAAGGAACAUUAUUCAUUUCCGCAGAUCAAAAAAACGUAUUGAGCAGCAGCCAUUACCAUCGAUAGAAUAUGAUAGUGAUGAGGAAAUUCCUGAAGACGUGCUCAUGGCUUCCUAUAAACAGGACAUUGCAUUGCUGCAUCAUACACUGAGGCAUGCACGACGCAUCGUUGUUAUUUCCGGUGCUGGGAUUUCUGUGGCUGCAGGAAUUCCAGAUUUCCGCUCAACCACAGGACUUUUCCGACUCUUGCGAAAUGAGUUCCGCCUCAAGGGUGGGGUGAGUUCUGGGCAGCAGAUGUUUGACGCGUCGCAUGUUUUUAGCAACCAACAGACUCUUGAUAAUUUCCACACUACAGUAUGCGAUUUGCACACCUUAUGCCAACAGUGCCAACCAACACCAUUUCAUGAGCUGAUAGACUCGAUUUCCCAAGAUAACCGGCUACUACGGUUGUACACACAGAAUAUUGAUGGGCUGGAUACCGGGUUGCCGCACCUGGCUACCAAACAUCCAUUGGUUGAGCCUUGGCCCAAAACGGUACAGCUUCACGGAACCAUUACCUCGAUGAUUUGCUCCAAGUGCAGCUGGACUGCGGACUUUGAUCCUAAUGUGUUCCACAAUGUCUCUCAAGAUACCCCUACAAAUGAUGAUGAGGAGGAGAAGAAUUGUGACAAUGAUAAUACCCAGGAAGACGAAGAAGGAUAUGAUAGUGAUAACGAAACUAUUAUUGAGGUGCCCACAAUACCCGAGUGUCCAGAAUGCAUUGAAAUGGAUGGUGUACGGGCAGUAGCUGGCAAGCGAUCACAAGGUGUCGGAACAUUACGUCCCAAAAUUGUUCUGUAUAAUGAACCGAACCCGGAUGCUGAGGCGAUUGGACAGAUCACAGAACAGGAUUUAUUGAAGAAGCCCGACGCGCUGGUAGUGGUGGGGACCUCACUGAAGAUCCCAGGGGUACGGCGGAUGGUACGUGAAAUGUCACAAGCAGUGCAUGCAGCACGCGGAUGCUCUGUGUGGAUGAACAUUGACGACCCGUCUGCGUUGAGCGGCCGCGAGUUUGAAGCUUGUUUUGAUUUGAUUAUUAAGGGCGACUGCCAGAUUUUGCCGCAAAUGCUUUGCGACUAUGAAGAGGAAAAGCGGCUGUAUGAAGAGGAAAAACAGGCGCAGAGAAAGAUCAAGGCAGAAGCGCGGGCCAUUCGCCAGAAAUUAGCAUUAGAAAAACAGGUUAGCGCAGCAGCUGCAGCGCUCAUUGCGGCAGCCGAGGCGGACCGCUCGGAUAGUUCGAUUGCAUCGCGGUCUAUGUCAGAAGGUUCUGUGACUUCCAGUCGGUUAACAUCGCUUGAGCCAAUUGGAGAGUUACCCUCGGCAGUUGUUACCAAGACAAAGACUGCUGUUACAGCAGCAACUAGCACAGGAACAACAACUGCACCAGUAAUAGCUGCAGGACGGUCGAAGUCGACAAGCGCGCUCAAUAAACGGAGCAGCAGCCGGGAUGUUGUUGCAGAGGUAAAACGGAUAUGCGCUGCAGAAAAGAAACCAAAACGGGUUUUGGGAACAGCCAAGAAGGCUCAAGUGGAGUGUUCUGGUGAGAAUCGUAUCAAGGGAGAGAACACGACAACAAAUAAAGCAUCGUCUGCGGUAAAGACACCUCUUAUCAAGGCUACAAAAACAUCAUCUGCCAAGGCUGUGAAAACACGUUCUGUUAAAGUCACCAGGACUCCAUCAGUUAAGGCCACUAAGACUCCAUCGGUCAAAAGUCAGGUUGUGAAGAAGGAAGAUGGAACAGUAGUAACUAAUUCAUCUCUACCUAAGCCUAACAAUCGACAAAAAAUAUUUGUUCCACCACUUGACGAAAAGUCUCCUAAUACUACGGCUCCUUCAAGCAUUUCCGUGGACAGCUAA